AUGAAAAGCUUGCCCGGGCUCACGCUGACUCUCCCAAGAUCCAUCGAGGUGUGCUGGACGUGCACAACGCGCCCGAUAGGGAUCAGCGCGGGUCGGACGCGGCGGCGAUGUGUCGCCGCGACGGCUAACGGUCCCGCAGCCGGCGACCGGUUCCGCGGAACCCUGACACAGAUACCGCGCUUUGCCGAUAUGGGGGACGAAUCAGGACCCUGGGGCACGCCGCGGCGCCUCGGAGUCCGGACGUCCGCUGCGCGCGAAACGGCGGACGGACCUCGAAGGGUU